AACGCGUAGGUUGAGCAGCACUGAUAAAACAAUUUAACUUGUAUAAAUGUAUGUCAGCAAUAAUUUUGUUUUAAUUACUGUGCAGACAUCAUGGAGCGAGCGAAGGUGUUUUGUUUUCUGAUCAGCAUCAUACUGACUUGUGGUGAUGCCGCCAAGAUCCUGGUCGUGUUCCCGAUGCCUUCCAGAAGUCAUGGAAACCUUGGAGAUGGUGUUGUUAGGCAUCUGCUGAAUGCUGGACACGAGGUCACCUACAUCACACCCUUCGUUUAUAAGAAUCCUCCACCAAACCUUCGGUCAAUAGAUGUCAGUGCCACGUUUGAUAUUAUGCCCAUUGAUAUGACAAUAAAGAAUAUCAUGGACAGAACUAUUAACAUUGAGAACGUUGGCUUGCUAGUAUACAUGAUGACGGAGAUGCUGAAGAAAACGGUGGAAACUGAAUCAGUUCAGAAGCUACUCAGUGACCCUAAAGAAGAGUUUGAUCUUGUGGUAGCUGAGUGGAUGUUUAGCGAUGUGCCUUCGGGAUUUGCUGCAAUAUACAACUGCCCACUCAUCUGGUUAUCAUCAGUAGAACCGCACUGGAUGAUUCUUCAACUAAUUGAUCAGCCAACAAACCCUGCUUACACUGUGGACAUCAUGUCAAUUUACACUCCACCAUUGAACUUCUUCCAAAGAGUUAACGAGCUCUGGACCCAAUUGAAAGUCAAAUUCUUGAACUUUGUAUGGUUGGACGGCGUACAAGAGAAAGCAUACAAUCAGCUACUAGCUCCAUUUAUUGCAAAGCGAGGCAGGCAGCCGCCAUCUUUCGACGAAGUUCGCCAUAACGCAUCAAUGAUAUUGUCUAAUGCAUACGUAUCUACAUCUGUUGCUCAGUCCCUGCCUCAGAGCCAUAAGUUUAUUGGAGGCUACCACAUUGAAGAUAAAGGAACAGCUUUGCCUGAGGACUUAAAGAAAAUUAUGGACAAUGCAAAGAAUGGAGUAGUUUACUUUAGUAUGGGCUCCAAUCUGAAAAGCAAAGAUAUGCCCGAAGAGAUAAAACGGGAUCUCCUGAAGAUGUUUGGUACUCUGAAGCAGACUGUGCUGUGGAAAUUUGAAGAGAAACCAGAGAAACUUCCUUCGAAUGUACAUAUUCUGCAAUGGGCACCUCAACCAGCAAUUCUUUCUCACCCCAAUCUGGCGGUCUUCGUUACACACGGUGGUCUUCUCUCGACGACAGAAGCUGUUCACUUCGGAGUACCGAUAAUUGGUAUUCCAGUUUUUGCUGAUCAGUUCAUGAAUGUCGCCAAAUCAGUAAAUAGAGGAUUCGCGUUACGAGUAGACCUUUCGUAUUCUUUGGCUGCAGAACUUAAGGAUGCGAUAAAUGAAGUUACUUCUAACCCCAGGUUUGCAGAAAAAGCGAAGGAGUUGUCGUACAUCCACCACGACCGGCCGGUGAAGCCAGGAGUUGAGCUGGUGCACUGGGUGAACCACGUGAUCAAGACACGCGGCGCGCCACACCUGCACUCCCCUGCCCACCACGUGCCUUUCUACCAGAAGAUGUACCUGGAUCUUGCUGUAGUCCUAGUACUAUUAUUCCUAGCUGGACGAGUACUUUUAAAGAAAAUUUGUGCAGCAGGGUGUUCAAAAAAGGAAUGUAGUGCGGGAGGGAGAAAGAAAAAUAAUUAAUUAAGAAUUAUUUGUGUAUUUAAAUAAAUUGUUAUUUUAAGAAUUAAAUUGAG